AUGGCGGAGGCCGCGACGAGGAGCCCGGCUGAGGUUGGUGUGUCCUUUGAGGAUGUGGCCGUGUACUUCUCCAGGGCAGAAUGGGGCCUCCUGGACGAGGCUCAGAGACGCCUCUACCUCGAUGUGAUGCUGGAGAACUAUGCUCUCGUGUCCUCACAGGGUUGCUGCUGUGGAAGUCGGGAUCUGGAGGCGUCCAUUGAACCGAACGUUUCUAUAAGAGUGUCCCAGGCAAAGAUGACCAAAGUAGCUUCAUCUUCCCAGAAGAGCCACCCCUGUGAGGGCUGUGCUGCAGUCUUGAGGGACAUUUUCCAGGUGAUUGAGCAGCAGGGAACACAAUCUAGUAGGAAACUGCUGAGGUGUGGGGCAUGUGCAAAGUCAUUUUAUUUUAGUCCACAGUUUCACCAGCACCAUGGGCAGCACAUGGGAGCAAAGUGUUUGAUACAAGGUGUGGACAGGGCCUCACUUGCGAAGAGCUGCACAUUCAGUGUGUCCCAGAAGCUUUUUACCGAUCAGAAGGUCAGAGACAGCGUCCUUACUGUCUCAGGACAACUUCAGCACCAGGCUUCUCAUACCAGAGAUAAAUCAGGGUCUGGGGUGACAUCUCAAAACAAAAAAAGUUAUCAUUGCAAGAAAGAAUGUAAAAAAGCCAUUGGCUGCAAUGACACACUUGGUCCAAAUCAAGCUGUCAAUACUGGAAGGCAGUGUGUUGUGGGCACUGAAAAGAAAAAAUAUUUUAAAGAACUUAAUUAUCAUCAGAAAGUUCACUCAUUGGAAAAGCCAUAUGAGUGCAGUGAGUGUGGAAAAUGUUUUAAAGAACAUUGGAUUCUUAUUCAACACUGUCGUGUUCAUUCUGGAGAAAAGCCUUAUGAGUGUGGUGAAUGUGGAAAGUCCUUUAGCCAAAGUGCUGGCCUCAGUAGACAUCAGAGAGUUCACACUGGAGAAAAGCCAUAUAAGUGUGGUGAAUGUGGGAAAUCCUUCAGCCAAAAUUCCAGCCUCAUUCACCACCAAAGGGCUCACACUGGAGAAAAGCCUUAUGAGUGUGGUGAAUGUGGGAAAACCUUCACCCAGUGUUCCAGCCUCAUUGAACACCAAAGGGUUCACACAGGAGAAAAACCUUUUGACUGUAGUGAAUGUGGAAAAAGUUUUACCAGAAUAGCCUGCCUUCGUCGUCAUCGGAGACUUCACUCUGCUGAAAGGCCUUAUGCGUGUAAUGAAUGUGGAAAAUCUUUUAAGAGGAAAUCUCUCUUUUGUUAUCAUCAGAGAUUACACACUGGAGAAAGUUUGUACCAGUGCGGUGAAUGUGGGAAAUCUUUUAUCCAUAGCUCUGGACUCCAUUAUCAUCAGAGAGUUCACAAUGGAGAAAGACCUUAUAAGUGCACUGAUUGUGGGAAAUCUUUCAUCAGGAACUGUGACCUUCACAACCACGAGAAACUUCAUACUGGAGAACGGCCUUAUGAGUGCAAUGACUGCGGGAAAUCUUUUUUCAGGAACAGUGACCUUUAUAAACAUCAGAGAGUUCAUACUGGAGAAAAACCGUACAAGUGCAAUGAUUGCGGGAAAUCUUUUACCCAUAGCUCUGGACUCCAUUAUCAUCAGAGAGUUCACAGUGGAAAAACACCUUAUGAGUGUACUGAUUGUGGGAAAUCUUUUAUCAGGAAUUGUCAUGUUCGUACUCAUCAGAGUUCACAAAAAAGAAAGGCUCUUUGA